UUAGCAAUUCAUGCCACCAUUGCGGGUUCGUGAGGUUGACCCCUACGAAUGUAUGCAUGUAUCCGUACGUUUAUCUGUCUUAGCUAAGGGUUUUUUAAAUAAUGCAACAGUAUAAUCUAUAACUUUGUAAUUUCCUCUGGUAGCUAAACCUAGCGUUUUUCUGUAUUGAAGUGGUGACAAAUACCGUAAAUCAUGCGAUUGACAGCAUUGCUUUCAAUGGCGGCAAAAGCUGCCUUUCCCCAUGACUAUCGAUUUGGAACUAACCGCCCGUGGACAGCAGCAGCCAGGAGACUCAACCCACCAGGCAAAAAGAGAAGAAAGGUUUUUGUUGAGCCUAUUGCAUAUGAGGACUGGUCUGUUUUUAGAGGAGAUGUGGUGCAGAUUUUGUCCGGAAAAGACAGCGGAAAACAGGGCAAAGUAACUCAGGUGUUCCGACACCGCAACUGGGUCAUCGUUGAAGGCCUCAAUACGCACUAUAGGUACAUCGGCAGGUCAGGAGAUUACAGAGGGACUUACAUAGCUAGCGAAGCCCCCAUACUCCUGAAAGACAUUGCACUCAUUGACCCUUCAGACAGGAAACCUACAAACACAGAGUGGAGAUACACAGAGGAGGGGGAGAAAGUGCGUAUUUCGUGCAGAACUGGUCGCAUUAUUCCCAAACCGGUAUUCCAGAGGAAAGACGGAAUAAUUCCAGAACAGUGGAAAGACGGACCAAAGGACACAUCACCUGAUGAUGCACUUGCAAAAACGUACAUCCCAUCACUGAAGUCUCUGGAGGAGGAGAUCAUGGAUAAAAUGAACAUUCAGGAAGAAAGAAGACACAAAAAGAGCUAUUGGUAUUGAGAACCAUCACCAAAUGGGCUGUUUGUUUGUUUUAAUUGAACAUGAGCUAUAUAAAUGCUGUUCAAACAGGAAUGUCUCUCAAUUAGUGUGUAUGUAUGCCAUAAAAUCACAAUAAACAAUUUGCCCAACGGUA